AUGGCUACUAGAUAUAGCGAAUUAAAAAUUUUUCAGAAAAUUCAACUCCUAUAUGAAGAAGGCGAGAAGAAGUAUAUAGCGCAGGAUGACCUAAAUGCAAUCUCAAAUUACGAGCAAGCUCUAGAUCAAAUUCAGUCGUUGCCAAAAAAGGAUACUGAUCUAGAACUCCAGUAUAAGAUUAAUCUUCGGAUUACUGAUAUUUAUAUUCGGCAUGGCGAAUGGAGUCAAGCUACUAAAUUUAGGCAACAUGCUCUAUAUAUGGCUAAUAGAAUGAAAAAUCAGGUCUACAUUGCCGAUUGCAUAGACAGGCAAGGAGACAUUAAAAGAAUGACUGGCGACGAAAGUGGAGCCUUAUCUGAUUUUCGGAUAUCACUGGAUAUGAAGUUAAAAUCACUUGAUGGCGACAAUUUAAGCAUUGGUGAUACCUAUCAUAAAAUAGGACGUGCCUACUUUAGUCAAAAAGAAUAUAAUAGGGCACUUUUAAUGUAUCAAAAAGCACUUGAUAUUCGAAUCAGAAAGCUUGGUGAUGAUGAUCUAAUUGUAGCUCAAUCCUAUCAUAAUAUAGGACUUGCCUAUAGCAACCUAGGCAUGCUUGAGAUGCUAUCAAUAUGA